CUCAUUACUUUGCUUUUCUCAUGAAAGUCGUAUGAUUUUUUUGCCAGUAGAUAAAUCUCUCAUGCGUUUUUUUCUUUCUUGAUUUGGAAUUUGUUUGAUAUCUUUCUUUCUUUUAUGGUUGCCAACACGGAAGGUUUGUUCUUCUUGACUUUGUGUUUUGUUUACCCAACUUUCUCAUUGAGUUAGAUGAACAACUCAAAAGACGGAGCUAACAAAGUUUUGUUCUUUAUUUUAUUUUAUUCCAUAAUCUUCUUUUCUCUGUUGAUUCUCGUCAGAAGAAAGCUUAGAACACACAAAGAAAAAACUCAAGGUUCUGUUUGGUGAGAAUAGCUGAGUUAGCGAACCAAGAAAGUCUUAUUCUUUUUGAGCAAGAAGCUGACUGGUAAUGCCCAAAAAAUGGUGGGAAGCAUUGAGGCCAAGAGCCUACUCUCAAACGGGUCUGUUCAACAGAAUGGUCUCAACCUAGAAGAGAAGCUUGAUGAGUUUCGUCGUCUUCUUGGGAAAUCAGACAAAGAUCCGUUAAGAAUCGUAAGCGUUGGAGCUGGUGCUUGGGGAAGUGUCUUUGCAGCUCUUCUCCAAGAAAGCUACGGAGGUUUCAGGGAGAAGUUUCAGAUCAGGAUAUGGAGAAGACCAGGUAGAGCUGUUAGCAGAUCAACAGCUGAGCAUUUGUUCGAAGUGAUAAAUUCUCGAGAAGAUGUCCUGAGGAGACUGAUAAGACGCUGCGCGUAUCUUAAAUACGUUGAGGCAAGGCUCGGUGAUAGGACGCUCUAUGCAGAUGAGAUAUUGAAAGACGGGUUUUGUCUUAACAUGGUUGACACGCCGCUUUGCCCUCUCAAGGUUGUGACUAACUUGCAAGAAGCUGUGUGGGAUGCUGAUAUUGUUGUUAAUGGUUUGCCUUCGACUGAGACGAGACAGGUGUUUGAAGAGAUUAGUAAGUAUUGGAAAGAGAGAAUCACUGUUCCUAUUAUUAUCUCUUUGUCAAAGGGUAUUGAAACUGCUCUUGAACCAGUUCCACAUAUCAUUACUCCAACAAAGAUGAUCCAUCAAGCAACUGGUGUGCCGAUUGAGAAUGUACUGUAUCUUGGUGGACCAAACAUUGCUGCGGAAAUUUACAACAAGGAAUAUGCUAAUGCUAGAAUCUGUGGAGCUGAGAAAUGGAGGAAACCACUAGCAAAGUUCUUGAGACAACCUCAUUUCAUUGUUUGGGACAAUAGUGAUCUUGUGACACAUGAAGUAAUGGGAGGUCUCAAGAAUGUGUACGCCAUUGGAGCUGGAAUGGUGGCAGCGCUUACUAACGAGAGCGCUACAAGCAAAUCAGUGUACUUUGCUCAUUGUACAUCUGAGAUGAUAUUCAUAACUCAUUUACUAGCAGAAGAACCUGAGAAACUUGCAGGACCUUUGCUAGCUGACACUUAUGUGACCUUGUUGAAAGGGCGUAACGCCUGGUACGGUCAGAUGCUUGCUAAAGGAGAAAUAAAUAGAGACAUGGGUGAUAGUAUAAGCGGAAAGGGAAUGAUUCAGGGUGUUUCUGCAGUGGGAGCGUUUUACCAACUGCUUAGUCAGUCCAGCCUAAGUAUAUUGCAUUCUGAAGAGAAGAAACCUGUGGCUCCGGUUGAAUCAUGUCCUAUUUUGAAAACACUCUACAAGAUACUCAUCACAAGAGAACAAUCAACACAAGCGAUUCUGCAAGCAUUAAGGGAUGAAACACUGAAUGACCCAAGAGACAGGAUUGAGAUUGCACAGAGCCAUGCAUUCUACAGGCCUUCCCUUCUAGAUCAGCCUUGAUUAGUCUGUCAUGGCUCAUAAUCCGAACUUCUAAGAUCUUACUUGUGCAAACUGCAGAUUCUGCUAUGUUAAACAUCAUGUCUUAAAAUUGAUUGUUGUUCAGUUUCUUGAGUCCUCAUAAUCUUUGAUCAGUGAGACUUUUUUUUACUAAGAAAAUAUCAACUUUAAUAUACCAAUAAGCAUUCUACUUUUAGACUA